CCAGCUCGCCCUCUCUCUCCUAUACCUCCCUCCCGCCUCUAUAUUAUAUUCUCCUCCCUCUCUCAUGUUAAAUAGAUUACAGGGGAUUCACUUAUUUAAAGACUUCGACAAAAGCUGUGUGUGCAUAUUUUUGGGUCGGCUUAGAGCAAUUAAACCCACACAUUGUGAGCACCUAACUGGAGGAAUCUAAUUACAACCUACCAAGCCAAACCCAGCCCAUCCUACACAGUCUGGAGUCUGGACCUCACAUUGCCUUCCACUAAAGAGUUCCUCAGAAGCUCCAGGACAACAUCAGCAGCAGCCUCGUCUGACCCAGCUGGAUCAUCGUACGCCGGCUGCAGCCUGGUGCGUUUUUUCUUUGCAGGAGACAGGAGCCUCACCGAGAGCUCCGCACACCAGUUCCCAAGCUGUCUCUUCGGCUGCUUCCCGCGAUUACUAUGGACAAUGACGAGGACGAUGAUGGGAACUUCACCAAGUGGAUGAGCAGUUACUGGGGGCAUGGGGAGGAGCACGCCAAAGAAAGGAAGAGGAGUUUUAGGAGGCCCUCGCGCAACAAAGCUGACCGCCGUGCCUCUUUGCCCUGCAUGUCUCAGCUGGAAGCCAUGCAGGCGAAUCAUCUCCAUGCUAAAAGCAUGGCCCCUGUCCCUGUCCACCUAAAGGGCCGUGAGGAAAAGGAAGUGCACUCUCAUCCUCGUGCCCGCUGCGUGUCUUCAGAUGAAAACAGCCGAACCAAAGUGGGGGGACCUGAAUGUCACAUCAGCACCAUUCCAGAGCUCACUGAGUGCUUAGAGAAGAGGCUGCGUUUCAAUAACCAGAAGGUGAUAUCAAUGGGUGAUGCAGAUAGCAUAUGUCUUAUUUGCCAUGAAGAACUACGGAAUGGAAGGGGUGGCAUCCAAGAACUUCACUGUGGCCAUCAUUUUCAUAAAGAGUGCAUUGAAAAAUGGCUUUGGCAGAAACAGUCAUGUCCCACCUGUCGAGUUCAUGUGACCAUGCCUGAGCCCCUCUACUGGUCCUCUGCUCGUGUCCAGUUUCCCUGACAAUGCCCAUUUUCCAUCACUGCAUGAUCAUUUCCAUGUCUGCUUUUAGCCUGUGACCACUGAUUUAAUGUGUUUAUAUGUAAAUAAAAACAACAACAAAACAUCAUCUCUGGGUGUAGCAGUGCAGCAUGAUUAUAUGGUCUUUUGCUUGCACACACUUCCUAGGAAAAGACCGUUAUGGAUGUGCAUCUUUAUAUGAAUCUGAAGAACUUCGGCUUUAUUUGUUCCUGACCCUCCUUUUCCAUCUUUCUUGCUUAUUUUCCUCUGUGGAGUGAUGAGGACAGGAUGUUUGGCUAGGCUGAAAACCAUGCAUGCUAAGUGUCUGACUACAGAGCCUUUUUGUUUUCUCUUUGUCCGUCUCUCUGCUUGUAUAUAUUGCACAGUGCACAUCUGAAUUACCCAAUAACAUACACAUGCCAAAUUCAAAGGCAGAGAAUUUUAGACUGUCCAAGGUGUGA